AUGGCUAAUGCAUUUUUCUGGAAUAGACUCAACAGGCAGAAUACUAUGCGCAUUUGUUUUAACUCACAAGUAGCUACAAUUCAGAGCACCUGUAUUGCAUGCAAUGCACUCACCUACGCACAAACUUGUCAAACAUGUACAGGACAGAUUGUUCAGGUGCGUUUUAACUCGCAAAUACCUAAUGUCCCGUCUCUACAAUGCACCGGUCAGUCUAUUUUAGAAAUAUAA